GAUGGCAGUUCUUGUGGCUGUCCGUCACCAAUCUUGAAUUUGAAGAAUAAUCAAAAGAGGGUGCAAUAAGGACAAACUUCAUGAAUUUUGUAGAAAGGGUCCUUCUGCUUCGUGACUCUUCAAGCUUACAAACAUUCUACUUGAACUGCUGUGUGCUAUCUGAUGGACCCCACAUUAAUACAUGGAUAUAUGCUGCUAUAAGGCAUAAAAUUCAGAGUUUAAUGCUACGUCUUUCCUUCGAAGAUAUCAAUGGGUUGUUUGUGUUGCCUCAACGCCUUUUUACAUGUGAAUCACUGAUGGAUUUGGAUCUGCAGUUCUUUUAUGAUCUAAAGCUUCCUUCUGUUAUUUCCUUUCCAAGUCUCAAAAUCUUGACUCUUGUAUCAGUAACAUUUGCUGAUCAUCAUUUGGUACAACAGCUCUUUUCUGGGAAUCCGUUUGUCUGACUGUGGUGAGGAGGAUGAUAAGAUUUUCAAUCCACCGCCUGCAUGCUUCUUGACCCGACUGAAGACUGUCAAAUUUGCGCACUUUAAUGCAACUGAAGAGGAGCUACAGGUGGUAAAGAGUUUUCUUGAAACUGCAAGAGUCUUAGAGAAAUUAUGGCUUAACUGCAAUGAGGAAAAGAAGAUCAACCUAUUAUCAACUCUUCCUGAAGGAUCAGUGAACUGCGAUGUAGCUUUGUACCAAAACUUUUACUGCCUAAUUAUAGCUGCCAUUAUCAACCUUUUGAUUUUAUCCUUUUUAACAUUUUUUGGGACAUGCAAAGCGUAUGGUAGCCUUUUAGCUUUAUAUAGCAUUUGCAAUAUUUUACCUUUUCACCUCAG